GUCUUUGGGCCGUAAGUCCCAGUCAGCGGUGGUAAUCACCUGUACGAUCUGAGCUCGUCAGCAUUCCGAUAGCCCUCGCUGGUUUCUUUCUAGCGCGAGGUGGUGUUAAAGUGGGAGUGUGUCACCCACGGACGCGAGUUAGCUCCUCGGAUCCCAAGUCGGACGAUUCCUCCACCUUCCAGAUACCGUUGCGUGCAAGACUCACGCCGUUGACGGUCGGACAUAAAGCUCUUUCACAGCUCUUCAUCGUACCACCACCAUGUCGACUCGAAUCCCCUCGGCGAACGAGCCUACGCGAUCCUCUGACGACGUGGAGAAGAAGGAUGCUGUUGCCCUCACGGAGUCUCUUUCGCGGGACCCAUAUCCUCAUGCGUACGCCGAAGAGGACCUCUUUGAAGAGGGAGCCGUGGACGCUGUCUAUCAAGCGAAGGCACGCGUACUGAACGCUGCUGUGCGGGAGAUUGGAAUGGGAAGAUACCAGUGGUAUCUCUUUGUGGUUGCUGGUUUCGGCUGGUUCUCGUACGUCGCGGUUGUCGGACUACUCUUCUGGUCUCUUGUGGCAGGUCUCAUACUCAAUCCUGUCAUCGCAGAAUUCCAAGUCGACAGCCAAUGGUUGUCCUUGGCAUUGAAUAUUGGUCUAUUCGCCGGUGCGGUGUUCUGGGCUUUGGGGUGUGAUAUUUGGGGGCGUAGGUGGCCAUUCAACUUCACGUUGUUCAUCGCCGGUGUAUUCGGUCUGGCAGCCGGAGGCGCUCCCAACUUCGUCACCUUAGCCUCCUUGUUUGCUGUCGUAGGGUUUGGCGUGGGCGGUAACAUGCCCGUCGACUCUGCUGUGUUCCUCGACUUCGUGCCGGGAAGCCACCAGUACCUACUGACUAUCCUAUCCAUUUGGUGGGCAAUUGGCCAGUUGGUUGCGAGCUUGAUCGCCUGGCCGCUUAUUUCCAACAUAUCAUGCCCCGAGACUGCAACGACCUGCACCAAGUCCGAGAACAUGGGAUGGCGGUAUCUCCUCCCGCGGUAUCUCGUCGGUCGCGGUCGCGACGCCGACGCCGUUGCCGUCAUUCACAGAAUCGCUGCCUAUAACGGGCGCUCGUCUAGCUUGACCGUGGAGCAGCUCGCGGCGGCCGGAGAGCGCGCUGUGGAGGCGAACAAGGCUGCUGCAGGUGCAGCUGGCCUGCCCACACUAUUGAGCGGAACCUCAGUAUGGACGACGUACCACAUCAGGAGCUUGUUCAAGACCGCGAAGCUUGCAUGGUCAACUAGUCUGUUGAUUGUAAUUUGGGGCAUUAUCGGUCUUGCGUCCACGUUGUACAACAGCUUCCUGCCUACAUGUACUCUCGCACACCGCGACGCCAAUUACGGAGACAGUUCAUACUACACGACCUACCGUCAAGACGCGCUGAUUGCUGGGUGGGCGGUCGAGCUUCCCACAGGGCUCACUGGUGUCUUUCUCUUUGCGAGCACCACCUCCCACAGCUCAAAUGCGCUGUUGGGAUGGAACUGCGGGUACGCCUUUGCAAGUAACAUCAUGUAUGGUGUCUUGUAUGCUAUAUCGCCUGAGGUGUUCCCUGCGAAAGACCGAGGUACAGGUAACGGCCUGACAGCCACUGCGACUCGCGUCUUCGGGAUCAUAGUCAUGAUAGCGAUGUACGCCAACCUCGAGACAGCGGCGCCCGUGUAUGUUUCGGGCGCCUGAUCAUAGGCAGCGGAGCUCUGGUGCUCCUUCUACCCUAUGAACCUAGGGGGCGGACGUCCAGCUGAGCUAAUCCGUGGAAAGGUAGGUAUGUUAGACUGGUUUGGUACGAGUAGUCACUUCGUGAUAAAAGCAAUGGUUCUUCUUGGUGCUGUAGCCGUACUUCUUGUUGUUUUUGUAGAAUGGUAUAGGCUCAAUGUUAUGACUGUAAUGAGCUCCCCUCCUCA